UUCUGCAAAAGACUGUGGAAUUAUUGUCCUUACUGACUUCAAGUUAACUACAUACACUUCUGCGAUCCACAAUGCCGCACAUAUCAGAAUAUGCAUAUUGUAAGGUUCAAACACAUCUGGAAAACCCAACAAAGUACCAUCUCCAUCAAACACAGAGACAACAGGUGAAACAGUACCUGGCACUGGGCACCAAGCUUUCCAAUCAGACAUUCUCCAUUUCUCACUCACACCCAGGAGGAUCUGUUAGGCCACCUCCUUUAAUGAGAAAUGCCCAUGCUCCCCCUGGUAAUGAAAGUAAUACGCCUGACAGCCCAAUCACACUGCUGUCUCUAGGAACAAAUCACGAAAAUGAGAUGGAUGAUGUUAUCGAUGAUAUAAUCAGUUUGGAAUCAAGCUGCUUCAAUGAAGAUUCUGUCAGCUGUAUGGAACCAUCUUCUCUCAUACCAAACACAAUGCCAUUAUCCAGCAAUAUUUUGGAUGCCUAUAAUGACCAGGGUAUGACUGCAACUACUAUUGGAUUUACUGGUACUUCUUGCUCUACUAACCUUUCAGUGAAAAGGGAAAUUGCAGCAACACAACCUGGAAAUGCUGAAACACGUGCACUUGUUAAAGAAAGGCAAAAGAAAGAUAAUCACAAUUUGAUUGAACGAAGGCGUAGAUUCAACAUCAAUUAUCGUAUCAAAGAACUUGGUACCUUAAUUCCAAAGUCAAAUGACCCUGAUGUGCGCUGGAACAAAGGUACCAUUUUGAAAGCAUCUGUGGAGUACAUCAAGUGGCUUCAGAAAGAGCAGCACCGUGUCCAAGAAUUAGAAAACAGGCAAAAGAAACUGGAACAAGCUAAUCGGAGAUUGCUGCUACGGAUUCAGGAGCUGGAAAUGCAAGCCCGCAUCCAUGGGCUACCCAUUGUGUCAUCAACCAUUAGUCCAGCUGAGUUGGUAACUCACAUUGUCAAGCAUGAGUCCUACCAAGGGGACAAUAGCUCUGAUUAUCUGCAGCAGCCAAGCUUGCCUCACAUGUUGAAUGAACUCAAUGAAGCAUCCUGCAACUUCCUGGAUCCAUUGUCACAUUUCACAGACUUGUCGUUUAGUGCUGCUUUGAAACAGGAAAACCGUCUUGAUAACAUUCUAUUAGACAACACAAUCUCUCCAUUGGCAUCGGAUCCCCUGUUGUCUACAACAUCACCUGGUGCAUCUAAAGGAAGCAGUAGGAGAAGUAGCUUCAGCACAGAUGAAGAACUGUGAAAAAUAUGUAGCGAGGGACAGUGAUCAUUUCACUUAAUGAUUUAAGCAUUAAGGCAAUUUGCUUACUGCUUGAUGCCUUGAGACAUUUGCACAUCAGGCUGUUAACAUUUUUACUUUGAAGAUUAGAUUAUUCUCCAUGUUGUUUAUUUCACUUUUGCUGCUAUUAAUAAUCCUUCAUGUGGGAACAUGAUCUAGCUUUCACAUGGGCCAAAUAAAACCAGUGUUCUGAAAAUAUGUAAUUAUAUGCACAAUUAAUAGGAUGCUCCAACAUUCUUUUUCACCAGGUGUAUUUGCAAACAACUGAUUUAUAUACUUGCUCAUUUUAAGCAGAAUGUUUAUUUUCAAUCAGGCAUUUUUUGAGGACAAGUAUGGAAAUUUGGAUAGUGAAGGAAUCUGCCAAAACUGAAUCAGAACUUGUUAUGCUAAUAUUUUGUGUAUGCAAUAUUGCAGUGUCCUGUUUAGUAGAAUUAGACAUUAAUAAUGGAUCAGCUGGAAUUGCAUUUUUCUAAACGCAAAAUGCAUACACUUGUAGAACUUUGGAAUUGAUUCCACUCCUGCCCCACAACCGAGUCCAGCUGCACUUCUAUGCUUCAAGGAAGGGAGAUUAAUCUCAGUUCAGUUGAUUUUUUUUUCAUUUUUAAACUGGACAAGAAUCCAGCAUUCAUUACCAAUUUUUUAUAUAAUGGUAAUUGAUUAAAAGGGAGAUGGUGAAUUAAUUACUUGAGAAAUAAAUGAUGUAACAUGUUAAGUUGUAUUCUGGCCCUUUUUUGGACAUGGAGAGUUAUGUUGCAGUAUUACAUAAACCCUGUUCAGAGCAUAAUUAGGUUAUAAUAUUAGAAGCAUAAUACAUUAAAGAAAUGCAAAUUGUAGAAAUUAUUUGGUACAUUUUUGGUUUAAAUUGAAAUUGCUAAGGAAUGUUACAUUUUGUGUAUCUUACUGCAAAAAAAACUGUCUUAAACUUUGUUUUUUUGUUUGAAAAUAUGCUUUAAUGAUCUUCCUUGUGAAAUAUUUCAUGUACCUCAGAAGCCAUAUAAUUCUUUCACUCUAUGUUAACUGUCUUCCCCAUCUAUUUGAUCUAUUUUUGUUAGAUAACAAAUAGAAAAUUAAAUAUUUGCAAUUAGCAAAAGGGCAUUACAAUAACUUGUUAAAUUUCCUAUUUUUCAACACCAGAUUGCAUUUAUGCUGCAACUUCAGUAUAUUGAAAUAUUUAUGGUGCCUUUUAAAAUAUAAAGUAAAACCUGGGACACUUAGCCAAAGGAAAAGAAUUGAGGAGGGUGACCAAAGAUCUUGGUCAAAGCUAUUUUCAGAAAGUCAUUUAAAGGGAGGUGGAGAACUAAGGGAAACUGAGGAAAUCCUGGAGUAUGUGGCUUAAUUCGUAGUUCCCAGAUCUUCAAGGGGAUGUGAGUGGAGAAAUGAGGCACAAAGCCAGUAAACUUGAAAGCUUGAAACCAGAUUGUAGUUAUUGAAGGUUACAGACAUUGUGGGAGAAAGACCUGCAUCAUGAGAAUUUUAAAUUUCAAUGUGGUUUUUAGGAAUCAGCAAGGACUGAAAAGGAAGGGAUCAUGAGUUGGUAUUGGAAGAUAAGGACAGUAAAAUUUUGAGACCUCUGACCUCUGAUUUAAAUGAUUUGUUCAUCUAGUUAGUUAUGGCUGAGUAUUGUAUCAGCAUAGCUGAAGACUUCAGGACCUGUUGAAUGGAUGUGAAGUCUAGACAUUUUGUGAAUUGAAUUGCUACAGUGUAGAGCAACAUUGUUUUAUGCUGGAUUGGAAGGCUGUUGCUCAACCUAAAGUAUUUGAUAGUAAUAUAAACUUCAAUUGUGAGAAUCAGAGUAUAAUAACAUAGGUUGGGGGAGGUGUAACCUCAUUUGAUCUCAAAGCAUCUAAACCUGUUCUUGCCUUAAAGACUGAGACAAAUAAGUAAUUAUUGUCAAUGAAAACUAAUUUUGAUGGAAAAAAUGUUUAGCUACUUUCCCAGUUCUGCAAACAUGGAAUUGCAACUGUUACACACUAACUGUGCUCAUUUCUGAAAUGAGGGAAGAGAUGAAGAUUUUUAACAGCUGAGAGUGGAUGUGACUAAGUAGCUUGUACAAUGAUAUUUUGGCUUGGCCAUUGAGACUGUAAUCUCUUCAAGGCUUUAAACUACUGAUGUGCAUUGCCAUUGUAUUAUUUUGUAUGCAAUAAUCUUUGUAAAAUGUGUAUAGAUUUUUAAUCUUUCAAAACAUUCUGGAAAUCCUUUAUGUACAGUUUUUUUGGUUUCUGGUUCCAGUUGAUUUUUGGAUAUUAC